AUGCGCUCCCGGUCACAGCAGCGGUCCUCAUUUCAUUUCAUCCUCCCUGUACACAAUUCCCUGUUCCGCAGAUCUGACGGGCUCAGUGUGUUCAUUCCUGACUUCAACACCCUAGUCGACGACAGCAUUGCAUACUUUGCUCCCAUACGGGGUGCGUAUGGGAAGGGGGGGAGAAAAGUGGGGAGGGAGGGUGGAGGAAAGGAGGGGGGGGAUGGCAAUUCGUCCUUCUCCUCUCUUUUCGGCUUCUCUUCUUGUGCUCUGCUCCCCUUCUAUCCACCAUUCCGCACCUCCAAUCCUCCUCCUCCUCCCUGUCCCUCACCUGCCCUAACUCCUCGCUCUGCGGUCUCCCCUCCUCUUCCCCUCCGCUUUUUAUUCUUUUUUUCUUCCCCAGACCGACCGGAGCACCAGAUCAUACCCAAGUUCAUGUGUGGGGAAUCAAUGGGCGGGGCGGUGGCGAUUUGCAUUCACCGCAAGCAGCCUGACCAAUGGGAUGGCGCCAUUUUCAUGGCCCCCAUGUGCAAGUGCUGCCUUGUGAACUCCUCCAGAGUCCUCCUUGUUUCCCUGUUCACAUGCUCCCUUCCGUACCUUCCUCACCAGAUAUCAGCCAAGGUGCAGCCGCCAGCCAUCCUGGUGAGGCUGUUGAAGGGCCUGGCGUAUGUGAUACCCACGUGGCAGAUAGUGCCCUCUGCUGACAUCGUCACCUCCGCGAUUCGCUGCCCAGAAAAGCUUAAGAAGAUAGCAGCCAGCCCAUACACCUACCGCGCUCGCCCGCGCAUGAGAACAGCCCUCACCAUGCUGCACGCCAGCCAAGAAGCAGAGGCUUUCCUCCCCUCCAUCUCCCUGCCCUUCCUGCUGCUCCACGGGGACGCUGACAUAGUCACAGAGCUGGACGGCAGCCAGGCGCUGUAUGAUAGAGCACGGAGUGAGGACAAGACGUUGAAGGUGUAUGAGGGCGCGUGGCACCUGCUGACUGAAGGGGAGCCUGAGGAAACUGCUGAGGCGGUUCUGAGGGAUAUGAUUGGCUGGCUGGACGAGAGAAGUCAACGCAAGGCAGGCGAGUAA